UUCAACAAAUACUAAACUUGAUCACGUAUGAUGAUUUUAUAGUCGCUCUUAACCUGUUCAUACAAGCGCUCGUCUUGUGUUUAAGAUUAGAUGAACAUGAUUUGUUAAUAGUAUUUUUAAUUAAAAAAAAAUAUAGUAUUUUAAUUAUAUAUAUGAAAAUGUGUAAAAUUCGAAGUGUUAUUGUGUUGAUAACGUACUUUGGGAUUGUGGUGACGGCCAAAAAUAGUAGUAAAGAUGCUAUAGGAUUUCCUGAAGUCGAAGAAAAUCCUCUAAUAGCAAAUAAGCAGAACCGUGUACCAGUUUUCAUUCCGUCCAUGUGUCCUGAAAAUGAAUUGUUUUACCCUGGCGACCAAAAAGACGAUUGGAUCUGCGACUGCCGACCAGGUAAUUUAUAUCAUCCAAACUCAGAUGCGUGUUGGCCAGCAUACCAAAGAGGCCCAUGUGCAUAUAGUGAGUAUUUAAUAUUGCCCACUGAUACAGUUAUACCUGUUUGCAAGAAAAAUCCUUGUAUAAUAGAUACAAUGGUUCCUUGGAAAGGAAACUGUGAAAAGUUGGGUUCAAUAGUUGCUUGUGGUGCUGAUAAGUUUCCAGCCGAGGCUCUGUGGGUUAAUGCGACUUCGCUGAAUAUUGAAUGUUUACAAAUCAAUACUGAAUACAGAUUUAAUAUUGAUUACUAUUACGAGAAAAAUGUCACAUGUUGUCCAGGAUGUAAGAGGUAUAUUCAAAAUAAAUGCCCGUGAUGUAUAAUUCUUACGGAUAAUCAAAUUGUAUACUUUUUUAUCAAUAAAAUAAUAAAAAUAAAAUAAUAAAAACCUUUUGCAAACAAGCUUUUAUUUAAGCCAUGUAUUAACAAAAAACUUAUGACGUAACAAAAAAAUAUGACGAAAUGAUGUUGAGUACACGAAGAGCUACUAUCUGUUGAUUUGAACUGGUAUAAUAUUCACUUAUUACAUUUGACCACAUACUAACAAGUUAAGUUAAAUAAAAGCUUGUAAAACAGUAUUUGUGUAAUAUAGAUAUGACACGUAAUAUUUUACAAAAUUAAACUGUUGAAGCAAACGUGUAAAAGGGUUUUAAACGAAAAAUAUGUAUAGAUUAGCUAGUUAAACUAAUGCCAAUAUUAUGUACGCUUUUUAAGCAUUUAAUAGUUUAAUU